GUGAGUGUGUGAGCACUCACACUCCUUCAACCACCUCCAGCUGCAGCUGCAGCCCUCUGGCUCUGAUCUGUGGAUCUACUGGAUGGACAUGUCUGAUACAGUUAAACCUCGGACUUCAUUCCUCAUAGAGGACAUCCUGUCCGUUAAGGACAGCACGAGCCUUAGUGGAAAAUCCAGUUAUCAGAAGAUGGAGAGAUGUUCACAGUGGGAGGAGGAAGAGUCUGAAAAGUUGACAGAGAAACUUUAUGCUCAAGAGACAGUGUCUGGAGAACACUCAGGGUCUCUGGACACCUCCUGUCCCAUCACCCCAGAGUCCAGCAGUUUGUCCUCCACAGGGAAACAGAGACGCUCCCGAGCUGCGUUCACACACCUCCAAGUUCUGGAACUGGAGAAGAAAUUUAACCACCAGAAAUACCUGUCAGCCCUGGAGCGGGGUCACCUGGCCAACGCCCUGAGACUGACUGAGACCCAGGUGAAAAUCUGGUUUCAGAACCGGAGGUACAAAACGAAACGAAAGCAGCAGACGUCAGAGUUCAGUAAAGAUGGGUACAAAGCCGAGGGACUGCAGGGCCUGAGAGAAGAUUUAGUGCGGUCGUCUCUGAUCACCUCUUUCUGCAAAGCUUACCAGUACAGACCGUACCUGUGGGACUACAGUGGCCCCUGGGGACCAACAUUAUGGUGAAAGUGACACUGGGAUUUUAAAUCAUGUGUGGUAUUCCUGAUAUUUAGGCUCAAUGUUCCUUAUCAAAGAUGAUUCCUUACACUGUGUGACAGAAUCGUACGAAAGCUUCACUAGUUUGCCAAAAGCACGACAUAUAAAAAUGUGUAUGUACAGUAUGAAUGAAUAUGAUGUGGCUUUGCACAGCAAACUAUUAAAACACUGAAUUCACUCGAUUAUUGAUUGUUUAAUAAACUGAUGCUGAUACAUUUCAUCUGCCUUUGUAUUAAAACGUACAGAAAAUAAAUUGAAUUGAAAAUA